AUGGGUAGAACGCGUCCACGCCUUCGAUGGGUGUUGUUGCGGGUGCUGGCUGACUGCCCGUCUCCUGGUCGAUGGCAAGGGCAACUCCCACCCUCUCAGCAGCCGGAGAUUCAAACAAUCGUCGAGUCUUGCAAAAAGCUGAGCUGGACAGUCCGGAAGGUUGGGAACAGGCUUCUUUGCCACACCCCAACCGAAGUAUGCCUGCAGCGUUGCGGAGGAGACGGCGGAGCCGGUGGAGAUGACGGGACGCAAUGUCACCCAAGCUCGUUCAAGAGUUGA